UUUCUGGGUAGUUUCAUUUAAUGUUUUAGGAAAUUCAUGACAUUAUAGGGCUUAUGUUGUUAUAUUGUUUCUCUCUCUCUUUUUUUUUUUUGGCUAUGUUGGUGUUACUUCAUUUUCUUUUAACCACUUUUGGUGCUUUGUGAAAUUAGGUAGGAUGGAGGGUCUUGGGAAUAUUGUCUACUUUUGUCAUUUUUAUUUAUUUUUUGAUUCUGAAACAUAUGUAUUCACUAUUCAGCAUCUAAUUAGGAAUACAAGAAUCAUAAUUAGGUAAAAUUCUUCUACUUUAGAUAUGUUGAUAUUCCAUCAAGUUAAGUUAUUCAGCUUAUCAACCAUGCCUCAAUCCCAAACUAGUUGUGGUCGUUCUAUCAUCGUCGAUUUGGUGAUUGAUGAUGCUAACCACAAAAUACUAAAUCCCUGAUGAUAUGUUGGGUAUGUCCAAGGAUGAUAUGACAGAUGAAGUUUCCUCUGAAAAAUUACAGCAGAAACAGGACCCUUACACUGCCAUCAACAGAUCGGAGUCGAAAGAGAAAGGAAGCUGUGAAUCAAUGUCAGCUGAAGUUACAUCUGGUGAACUACAGAAGAGACUGAGCCCUGAUGCUUUGGUAAAUCCGCAAACUAAUCGAGAUGAAAGUGCACACCCUACAACAUGUCAAGAAGUAUCGGGUGAAGUCCAGCCAAGAAAGAGUGUCGUUGAAGGGAUUGAAAAAUUACAGCAGAAACAUGACCCUGACACUGGCAACAGUUUAGAGUCAAAAGAGAAAGGAAGCUGUGAAUCAAAGUCGGGUGAAGUUGUUUCUGAUGAACUUCAUAAGAGACUGAGCCCUGAUGCUUUGGCAAAGGUAUCACAAACGAAUCGAGAUGAAAGUGCACAUCCUACGACAUGUCAAGAAGUAUUGGGUGAAGUCCAGCCAAGGAAGAGUGUCGAUAAAGGGAUUGAUGUGUCACAAUCCAAUCAAGAAGAUAGUUCCCUUUCUAAUGUACCAGAGAAAGAUUCAGAAAAUGUGCAUCAGAAAAAGGGUCCCGAGAUUGAGGGUGGUGCAUCAGAAUCUGAACCAUGCAUAAAAUCUUGUAAAUCAGAUUCUCAUGUAAAAGAGGAAAACAUUUCCCUAGUACCUAGAAAGGCUUCAGAUUCUUCAAAACAAAUACAAAGUCAGAAAAUGGAAGAAGUUGUAUCUCAACCUCAUCAAGAACAAGCAACUUGUUCAACAAGGCGUGAGGAAGCUUUGUCUAAGUUGCAACCAAGGCGGAACCCUGAUACGAGUGUCCAGGAUUUGCCAUCUGAUCAAGGAGUCACUCCCUCCAGAGAACCUGAAAAACCAUCUAAGAAUUUGCCAUCUGAUCAAGGAGUCGCUCCCUUUGGAGAACCGGCAAAACCAUCUGAAGAUGGAUAUAACUGGCGAAAAUAUGGUCAGAAACUUGUUAGAGGAAAUGAGUUUACUCGGAGUUAUUACAAGUGCACACACCUUAAUUGUCUAGCAAAGAAGCAAGUGGAGAGAUCACAUGAUGGGCAUAUUACCAAUAUUCACUAUGUCACAAAGCAUGAACAUCCAAGACUACUAAAUAGUCCCCAUAUCUCCCCUGAAUUUGUAGUGCCUUCACAAAUGAAACAACCAGACAUGCCAACGGGAACACCACGUCAAGCUGAAGGUGAGAAAUCUAUUGCGCUUGAUCAAACAUGUCAAUCUAUCGAACAACCGGAGACAGCAGCUGUUCUAUCAGCUAGUGGUAGUGCACAAGAUACAGUCCCGAAGCCACUUAAAUCAGGAAAUGAGGUUGAUAAUAAUGGUGGUCCAGACUCAAAGAGACGGAAGAAAGAAGUACCGAGGAAUGAUGAAAUCACUCCACCUAUGAAGUCUCAUAGUGAACCACGGCACAUCGUUCAAACAAGGAGUGAAGUGGAUAUAGUCAAUGAUGGUUAUCGAUGGCGCAAAUACGGGCAAAAAUUUGUGAAAGGAAAUCCAAAUCCUAGAAGUUACUACCGAUGCUCGAGUGCUGGUUGCCCAGCAAAGAAGCAUGUGGAGAGGGCAUCACAUGAUCCAGAAGUAGUGGUUACAGCAUAUGAAGGGCAGCAUGACCAUGAUAUCCCACCUUCCAGAACUGUUACGCAAAAUUCAUCAGGGGCUGAUUCUAAUACAACCAGAAUAAGUGGAGAGUCCACAUCUCAAUCAGGUGAAAGCAAACAUGUUGGCCUUGACAGGGCUGUCCAUAUUGGUGCAAAUUGAGCAUAAUGCCAAAUAAUAAAAAUUCCAGAUUUAGAUAAUCCUACAUCAGCAAGUCCUCUAAUCUUAUCUUUUUCUUACUUAUUGUAAUUGGUCGAUUAUUCUCUAUUGCAGGAGAGAAGAAAGGAUAAAAUAUGUAUUAGGAACCGCUGAUUUAACCUCAUCAUUGGUGUGCAUUCCUAAAUUUUACUGUAUAAGUUGUGUUGUCAACAAACAUAAGAGAGUUCAGAUUUGAUCAUAUGUAUCUAAUUUGUUGCCAGUUGAUCAGGCUACUUUAGCUCCUUCAACUAAUUUUUAUACAUAAAUAAGAUGCUCAAAGAUAGUUUCUUCAA